AUGCCUUUUUGCAAGCGGACGAUACUUCCGAAAGAUGUGUGCAAGCCCGACGGCAGGAGCCUGCAAACGGAGGUUUUCGGGGACUUGGCGGACGUAUGUGGUUUCACCUUGUCCUCGGUUCUCCGGCAGCUCUCGGAUCUGUCCCGGCACUCGGUGAGCAUCCUGGAGGAGCUGGAGGGAGAGCUGGUGUCCGUGUGCCACCGCUCAGGAGCGCUGCAGGGCAGAGUGGUGCGGCUGCAGAGGCACGUAGCGGAGCUGGUCAGCAAACCUCCACCGAGAACCACCAGCGGACUAGAGGCGGAGAGCAGCAGGCGUGGCGGCAGCAGCAACAGCAGCCACGGCGACGGCAUCCACAGCGGCGGCGGCGGAGGAGGAGGCAGCAGCAGCAGCAGCAGUGGCGGCGCGGCCCACUUCAGGUCUCCAUGGCAACAGAGCGUGAACGUGUUCGGCUCGUGGAGCAGGCCUGAGUGUGUCGAGGAGCUGCACCAGCAGGCGCAGCUCAACCUCCAGAGCCUGCUGCAAGACUUUGAGGAGCAGUUGUACGACACCAAGCUGACCGGUCAGACUUUCCGACACCCGUCCUCGCAGAGCUCCGACGACACGUCCACCUCGCUCAGCCGAUCGCCCAUCUCCCUCGGCAACAAGAGGCCUGACUUCAUCUUCCUGCCGGCGUCCAAACAGCUGUACGAUGAUGAGACCGCCUCCUCGGUAUUCGGCCUGAGGUCUGCUGCGACCGACCCGUCCCCCUCCCCGUCCCCGUCCCCCUGCGGCUCGGACCGCCCCCCGCUGGGCUGGAGUAGUAACAACAGCAGCUGCAGCACCGCCACCGACCCGACCACCCGGACCCCCACCGGACCGCCCACCGCUGAGAAACCCCGCUGGCACCUGGGGAGACGAACGCCGGGACACUUCAUACCGCUGGACGUCACAGGUCAGACCCCGAGGGUGAACGAGGGUGGGUCAGGACGAGGGAAUAAUAACAUACCGGGGAUUUCUCUGGCGGCGGCCAUGAUGGAGAAACGGAGUGAAACCGAAGGAGCUGCUGCAGACGGAGGGAGAGGAGGAGGAGGAGAGAGUGGGAGAGGAAGGGAGAGGUCAGCGAGAUCCAUUGCGGCGGCGAAUGCGUUCAAGUUCCGCGAGCGUUCCCUUUCCACGCCAACAGAUUCUGGCUCCUUCUGUUUUACCGAAGGCGGAUUAGGUCAACCGGACGUCACAGCCACAGGAAAUGGGAAUGGGAAUGGGAUCGGCAUGGCGAUGACGGACCACCACCACCACCACCACCAUCACCACCAACAACAGCAACACCAUCAUCAUCACUUCCUGGGUUUGGGUGAGAACUACGCCCUCCUCUACCCUCGAGGGAGCUCGGAAGACAGCGCGAGCACGACCGACACGAUCUCCGUCACGGCUUCCGACUACAGCACGGAAGGCCGGUUGCGACUGCGCUCCCGCUCCAUAUCGCUUAAGAAAUCCAAGCGUAAGCCGCCGCCCCCCGUGAGGAGCGUCUCGCUGAUGAAGAACCUCGGAGAAGCCGAAGGGAGGAUCCAUCAUCAUGAAGGGAGUCUGUACCGGGAUGGACGGCCGAAGAGCCUCCACAUUCCCAGAGAUCACUUCCCAGAUUUCCAGCCCGAUUUCCUCAUUCCCAACUCGUCCUGCUCCUCUAAAGCGAGCGUUCGGGAAGUGGAGAUGAGCCAGGGAGGAAGUGACGGACCUCCGAGCCUGGAAGUGCAAGCACCGGAGAGGGAGGGAGAGACAGAGCUGACGUUCCCGACUCACUGGCAGUUGGGAGAGUGGAAGAACAACGACCCCUACAGAUCUCUUUCAGGCUCCAGCACGGCAACAGGUACCACAGUGAUCGAAUGUAUGAAAGUCCGAGGCAGCUCCGAGUCUCUGCUGGACUCACCCUCCACCUCCAGAGCCACGUCACCCUCACAGAUCUCCAUGGAAACCGACAUCAAGGCCUCCUCGCCAUUCAAACCUCCAGGACUCAUGUCUCCAUCCAGUGGUUAUUCCAGUCAGUCGGAGACGCCGACCCCAACUGUCCCAAUCGGUCAUGUGACCGGUCCAGGGACGAUGGGUACGUUGGGAAUGUCGGGGUGUAAGAUGCGCCCGAAGAUCCCCGAAAGAAAAUCAUCGCUACCGUCACCGAAGGAUCCAGCUGCGAGGUCUAGGCUGUCCUUUGAAAUGCCUGGGAACGCACAUCUGGAGCUUUCGUCAAUCAAGCCGAAGCAAAAAGCCAGCAGACGACAUUCCGACACCUCCACGGCCGCCAAACCCGGAAAAAUCAGCCCCAGUUCUUCACAGGCGUUGCCCGUGGUUACCCAGAAUGAGCUUAAGACUAUUCGGCUUCGCUCCGUAUCCCGCGGCGAUCUCGAAGACUGCCCCGAUGGCGCGUCUGAUACCAUCGAAGAAGAACAGCAUGGUCAAGAUCUAGGCGAGGAUCCCAGUCCGCCACCCACUCUACCGAAACCCAAACCCCCCGUCGCCGUUAAGCCCCCGUUGCCAAAGCGACCGUUAAACCUCCUCCUUAAAUCUACUUCCCCUUCGUCCACUUCCACUUCCCCUCUCGCACUCGACUCGCCUCCUGCCUCGCCUGUAGACCGUCCGGUUCCCCUCGGCAACAUUUACAAAGUGAUGAGGAAACCCAAACCCAAAAAGCCCCCCCCCCAAACCGCUACGAGCCCCUCGGGACUCCCGGAUUUAAACUCCGCCAUUGCUCCGCAGACGGCCUACGAUCAUCCCUUCCUCCCGCACCCCCAGUCCCUGUUUGAUCUCCCUCCUCUCCCGGACCCCCAGCCGCUCCUAGAGGACCCGGUGUUAGAGCCGGAGUUCGACGUUGACCCGGAGGUGGAGCUCAUCGGGCCGACGGAGGGGGGCUCGCUCCCGUCGCCAUGCAGUAACCAGGAAGUACCGGAGCUCCCCGACAAGAGCAAGACGCUUCCCUCCAGGAUGACGAUCUCUUGUCUGGCAGAGCUGUCAGAGAAGAAGAAACCCAAGGUUCCACCCCCGGUCCCCAAGAAGCCGAACGUUUUGCUUCUUCCCUCAUCGGUCCAUUCCUCCACCAACGGCAGCACGGACCGUCAGACGCCACAGACCGACAGUCCCGUGGGCCUCCGGUCUCCCGUCGGAGCUUUCCCACCGGAAGAUAUCCCGACUACAACUCCCAACGUCCCUGAAAUGCCGGAGCAAGACGAGAAUCACUUGGGAACAGACGAAGACAGUUCAAAGGAGUCAUCGCUUCAGUCGUCUCUGCAGGACUCCUCCUUCACGGAGCUGGAAGGGAAGAUGGCCGCCAUCGGGAUCGGGGCAGAUGAGUCAGCGGCCAAUGAGAAGAUGGUACUCCACAUCGCCGAGGAAACAGAUGAUGACUUGUUGGCCACUACGCCUACAACACACACCACUGAAGACCUGUUCACUAUUAUACACAGGUCCAAGCGGAAGGUUCUCGGUCGCAAAGAGCCGACGGACUCCUUCGGCAGCCGACAGAGCUUGGUGUCCCCGGUGAAGCACAGCACCAGUGGCAGCGACAUCCGAAAUCUCACCUUGGGAAGCAGCCAGCGGUCGAGCUCCCGCAAUGAGAACUUCAUGGCCCUGCUUCAGAAGAAAGGCAGCAAGUCUUCCAGCGGAGGGGCAAGGGUCUCCGCUAUGGAACUUCUCAAAAGCACAAACCCUCUGGCACGACGCGUCACAGAGUUUUCAACCGCCGCGUCGACAACGGCCGAGGGAGGAGGAGGGGAGGCGGCACCCGGCAACGGCAAACCCAACGAUCAGUGA